AAACAGUUUGAGCUUCGAAACCCGUUUGUUUGAAUAUCCCGUCCAGGGGUUUCGGUUUCACAUUCGCUGAGUAACAUCAUAGGUAGAAAUGGGUGAUCAGGCGGCGGUGCGUAUUAUGUCUUUUAAGAAUGCUGGCAAGAGUGCAGACGAGAUGCGACGUCGUCGCCAGGAAGGGCAAGUGGAACUUCGCAAGAACAAACGAGAAGAAACACUUCAAAAGAAAAGGAACAUUCCUACUGGAACUAAUGGACCACAGACGGCUAAUGAUCCCGUUGACACAGAAAUCGAUGGGACUGGAAAGUCUACGUUACUAAAUCUGGAAUCCAUAGUAGCGAACGCUGAGAAUGAAGAUCCAGCUGUCAGAUUGUUGGUCGUUCAGUCAGCUCGUAAGCUUCUUUCCAGUGAUCGGAAUCCUCCUAUUGACGAGCUGAUAAAUGCUGGUAUGCUACCAAAGUUGGUCGCUUGUCUGACAAGUGAAGAGUAAGUCAAUCCCUCUGCAAUCCAUUCCUUCCACAAAGGGCUCCUGAAUUAGUCGCGUUUAAGUCUUCAAGAAUCGAUUUUAUCGAACAUGUUCAAAUCUCUUGUCUUAUCUUAAAUAGACCGGUAGGCUCAGAUACUAAGUCUGACCAGUUUGGCUAUUCGUUAUAGUAUAUUCAGUAAAAUUAGUAGGUACGACUUUGCGGCAAAGUGGUGGUUAGUUAGUAUUAUCACCGUGAGUCGUUUGUGAAAUUAUCAUGAAUUCCCAGUCCGGUCUUUAUAGAGGUGACGUAAACUCGCAACUGAAGAUAUCUUGACCAAGCUAUUGAAUAGGUCGCAUUCUCUAUCCCCCACUUCAUUUUUUAUUGUCAGUUAUUCUGCAGACACCUAGCGUAUGUGGCCGACCCCCUAGUGCCAGAUUUUAUGCUAGAUAUAAUGCCAGGUAUUUUGUGCUUGUAGGGGUGGUGAGUUGGUUCUCAUGUUCAGAUAUUAGUCCUUAACCCUUUCGCCAUUUUGAGGAUUCAGCUAAACAACAUUGAGCUAUGGGUUUUGAAUCAUGUAAUAACUAGAGACGAGUGGUUUUCGCGCUGCAGUUUCUUUCACUUAGUGAAUACUAUGUCUAGUGUUAGGUUCUCGUUGGUCCUCAGUUCAGCUUAACGAGUUAUGUAGUAUUGGCCAAAGCAAUUGUUCCUUGGGCUUUUGCCGUACUGAAAUCGAUUGGUAGUCAGACCAAAUCUAGGGAAUCAGGUUUGUAGUUAAAUUUCUCCGGAUUGUAAUAAGAUCUAAACUUUCUCACCGAAAAUCAUCUUAUAUCACAAUGAGAGCGAUUAAGCAAGUCAACUUCGGGCCUAACACGGCCCUGACGUUUAGUUGGCACAGUAGGAACCUUUAUCGAGGAUACCGUCUGUAAUAUACCUCAGACAGUUAUUACCUGGAUUUGUCUCUGCUGACAUCGUAGGGCGUCUAUUGAACUCCUUAGGUAACAAAUACACUUCAGAACUGGUUUGGGUCAUAGCUUAGAUUGACAGUGUAACCAGUCCAUUUGCCUUGGAAGUACCAAGCCUGUGUUUGGCUGAUGAGGUUUCUGCACGUCCUAAAUAGUUCCAUGUCUAUUUUAAUUCUGUAUUUUGACAUGGAUAUGUGUUUAUCUACUAAGCGACGAACAUUACUACUCGGUAGUCCACUGUUACUGUUUAGCCGCAAAGCUUAGUCUAUGAAAGCAAAACACUCGUAGACUGGCAACGUGAUAAGUUUCUUCGUAGGAUUCUGCUUAUUCAUAUACGACAGCCAGCUUAGUAACUGUGACAUUGUUUGACAUGCUUUUUCACUGAUUAAGGCGACCGAAUCAUUUAUUACACAUAUGUGACUGCUCGGUCACGGUACGCAAUACUGGUUAGGGUGUAAUCAAGCUAGUCAAAAACCAUAGCCCGUCAAAGAUGGGAUAUCAACCCAUGAAAUCAUUGUAGAACUAAGCCGUUGUUGAUGAUGCAGAACAUCUGAUUACGCCCAUAAUAAGUUAGUAGAGCAGGUCCAUUUACUCUUCAUUCCUCAGAUACUAAGUUUUAAUAUUCAUUCAUGCUUCCCAUUCUGUUCUUCGAACAUUUUUAUCAGCAUUUCGUCUUCACUAUCAUCAUAAUUGCUUGUAUUAUCUCGACUCCUUAGCAUUUCAUCUUGUUAGCUUCAUCUCACUGUGCUAAUGUAGAUAAUGACACGAGUUAGAAACAUGACCAACUGAUAUGUUGUCCUCGUAUUCUAUUAAAAUUUAAGUACUUCAAAGCAGUCUGCCGUGUGUUAUACAUAUACAUCAAAUGAUCACUGAUCGGGAAACCUGACUACUGUUAGAGUUUUCAAAAUAGUGCCUGAGACAUCAAGUACGCUGGACUCGAUUUCUAAGGUCCUACGUUUGUCUAGACUUUCAAUUGGUUCGACUUCUCAGGUAUUUCUAGAAUUAGAGCGUACCCGAUAACGUUCGGAAAUUUGAAAUGAUCGAAACCACUUGUUGAUAAAACCUGAUAUCUAGCUGAAUCAUUGCUGACAACACAUCUUUUAUUUUAGUCCCAAUCUUCAAUUUGAAGCUGCCUGGGCCUUGACGAAUAUUGCAUCCGGCACAUCUGGACAGACUCUAGCUGUUGUUCAAGCAGGAGCCGUACCACGUUUUCUAAAGCUGCUGUCUUCUUCACACCCUAAUGUUUGCGAACAGGCUGUUUGGGCCUUAGGUAAUAUAAUCGGAGAUGGUCCAGUAUUAAGGGAUUACGUAAUCAAAUUGGAUGUCAUAAAACCAUUAUUAAAGCUCUUAACACCAAAUAUACCAUUGAACUUCCUACGCAAUGUCACCUGGGUGAUGGUCAACCUUUGCCGCAACAAGGACCCUCCUCCUCCUGCCUCAGCUAUCAGAGAACUUCUCCCAGCUCUCUUAUAUUUAAUAAAACACACCGAUGAUAGUGUAAGUUAUUCCAUGUUUUUAAUCUAUAUUUUGACGUUCACAGCUAUAUGUGGAUAUGGACUACAAUAACUAGGAAUCGUUUUGUUUAUUACAAACCUUACUUAAUAACCAGUGCCAAUUCUUAUUCGUUAAUCCCAUUCCAUACAGUCUAGGUACUGAUUUUCACAUUUACUUUUAACCCGAUAUAAAUCUUCCGAUCCACUUGAAAAACCUAGCUUGUAAGUGUAGACAGCAAGUUCAUCUACACAUCAGAAAAGUGCAUUGUUUACCACUAAAAAGUGAUUUCCCAAAAUCCUCAUUUACAAUAAGUGUAGCAAGUUUACUUCAUCCACUGAUUGUGUAAUUGUAAAGUAUGCAGUAAUUCUUGAUGCUAUUGGGGAUGAUUUCGAAAGUAAGCGACUUCAGAAUCUCCAUUGUCCAAUUAAGUGCACAAAUUCAAAACCUAUGUAUGUUAUGUGGUAAAAAUAACCCCAUCUCAUUCAAGUUUGUGAAACGAAAUUACGAAACCGGAUAGGCUGUGGUCGUGUUGCGUAUUGUGUUAACCUUAUGUCAGUUUGUUGCAUCUCGACUUCUAAGGAAGUGAAAAAUCCUUAUUGUUCAGUCGUAAAUAUUGCACUAUUCUACGAAACUACGUGGUCAGAAUAACUUUUUAACCGUCAUUGAUUUUCAGUGAAAUAAGUUUCAUUGUAAGCAUAUAAUAAGUAUUUAUUGCGAGUUCGUUGAAAGCAAGAUAAGUAAAAGUACUAAUUUCUUAGGUUUUGUAAUCAACUUAGAACCAUACAAACUUUUGUCACAUGUAUUAUACACUGGGUCACAAAAGUUAGUGAGACUUGCAUAAUGUCAGCCUACUUAAACGUUCUUUUUAUUUACUUGCGGUCUUGUAAAUUUCCAGAUUCUCGUCGACACUGUUUGGGCUAUAUCUUAUCUAACUGACGGUGGAAACGAUCAAAUCGAAAUGGUUAUAAAUGCAGAGAUAGUGCCUCAUUUGGUUCCAUUGUUAUCACAUUCAAGUUUCAAGGUGCAAACUGCUGCGUUGCGUGCCGUUGGAAAUAUAGUUACAGGUUCAGACCAACAAACUCAAGUUGUUUUGGAUUGUGGAGCUCUAAGUCAUUUUGCAUCUUUGUUGACUCACCCGAGAGAUAAAAUUAACAAAGAAGCUGUCUGGUUUCUAUCCAAUAUUACUGCAGGGAACCAAAGUCAAGUCCAAGCUGUGAUAGACCAUGGACUAGUCCCGUUAAUUAUCCAUCAUCUGGCUGAAAGCGAGUUCUUGACACAAAAAGAAGCUGCAUGGGCUAUCUCGAAUCUAGCGAUCAACGGAAAUGCUGAACAGGUGUGUUUUUUUGUUCCAUGAACUUGUUUUAAAAUUCUCAGGGGCAGUCAGCACUUGAAAAGUUAGUAGGUACUGGUCGAUAGUUCAUAAAUAGAAUCUAAAUGUCAUUUUACAAAAAGCGUUCCACUAGCACCCUAUUGAUACAUAGGUUUUCGAAUAAUCAAUUUGUAAACGGUCAAAUGUCCGGUAAUAUUUGAAAUUUUCAACCACUCUUGACUAGAAUUUCAGCACAUGCUGGAAUGAAUCAUUGGUAAAUGACGAAAUGCAUUUAGGUCCUUUUCAGAUGAGUAACAAUUUUUAAACAAGAAGCGGCAAAUAUUUGCUGUUUUUAUUUCUGACCUGUACUUACUUUCUUGUCUCAAGGUAAGGUACGUCAUCGACCAACGCGUUAUUCCUCCGCUUUGUAAAAUGUUAAAUACCAGAGAUGUCCAGGUCGCUCAAGUUGUUUUGGAUGGAAUAUCAAAUAUAUUGGCAGCAGCUGGCGAUAACUUGGAACAGGUCACAACUGCAAUCGAAGAAUGUGGUGGGUUGGAUCUUAUCGAAGCUCUUCAAGAACAUACAAAUAUCGAUAUAUAUCGUUUGGCAUAUGACAUAAUCGAACGAUAUUUUAACGAAGGGGUAAGUUUUAUUUUUGGGAUAAUUAUCCCCUCAAGCUCUAUGAUUAGCAUAGAUGGUGUAUCUAUACAAGAAAUUACUUGAUUUAUUGUCAAACUUUGUUGUAAUCUUAUUCACUGAAAAACAUACUAUUAAUAUUCUGAUAAACCAAUACUAAAAGAAAUAGCAUAAAUAGUCGUGUCUAGAAAGCUACUAAUAUUAGCUCAUUUGUUGUAGGUUAAACUUCAGUAGUUCUGUACGGGGCUUAGGUUAAUGAAAAGACACUCAUCUUAACCUUGUUGUUAAACAUGAAUAAACAGUAAUAAAAUGUCUUACUCCUGAACACCUAGAAGCUAUUAUUAACAGAGUUCUUUUUAAAAAUACUUGGUUCUCAGGUAACUGGUAUUAUUUUGUAUUUUUCAACCGAAGUAGUUAGAAUGUUGGCCUUCAAUGUCUAACCUGGAGUUUUUGUAAGAAUCUCCGUAGAUUUAAACGACAUCCCCAGUUUCAUUGAGUUUACCUGAACUUAUGAUUCACGCUUUUAAAAUCAUGCACCAAUCCAUUGUUGAUCGGAAUAACCAAAAUAUUUAGAAAUUCAUGGUAAGGAUUUCUCAUUCCCAAAAUUAACUGGUGAGCUCUGUUUUCAGAAAAUCCAUCUAUUUGUUUGUUGAGCACCCUCUUUCUUCAAUUGAAUGCUUUUUCAUUAUGGAUUCACUAAUUUUGAUACAUGUAAUUUUUUACUAUUUACAGAUGAUUGACGAUCCAAAUACAACUGGGGUUGCUGAAGAUGAACAUUUGGGUGAUUUUAUCUCGGUACCACAAGUUCCAGCUACUUUCCAGUUUGACGCUGAUCAGUGUAACACUGAUGCUACUAGAGGGUUCGAUUUCUAGUUAAUUAACGUAGCCGCUAUAAUGUAAUGGUUUAUGGAAGUAAGAUUUUGGUCUUUAAAUCACUUAGGUUAUUUCCUUCAUAUUAAUUACAUCAGUGCGUGUCACAAUUAAUAUUUUGACUUUCAUUUUAUCAUCCGUAGUUUAUACAUUAUCUAUGGCUCAAAUUAUUUUGAUAUGCCCCGACCUUCAAUGGAAUUCCGCUUGUUUAUUACCUUUCACAAUGCUUUCCUUUCUCACGAUCCGUAACAGGUCUUACAUUCAUAUUUUCAUAAAUUCUUGCCUUUGAUAGCCAACCUAGUAGAAUGAUCUAACAACCGCCCCUCCUGUUUUGCAUUUAAUUAAAGCCGUUCAUGCGGUUGUUGCUGUACUGUUCCAUUCCUCUUAGUUCUCAACCAUUAGAACAAAAAUCUUUCUAUUUCGUUAGCUCAUUCGUUUUUGUUUCACAUUUUAUCCAUCCAAGAUUUUGCUCCAAGGUCCCCGUCUGUUGCAUUGCUAAUUCUUCAGGAUUUUCCUUAGAUUCAUUUUGUAUGUCUGUAUAAAACUUUAUGGUUGCCUUGGCUGUUUGCCUAUUCCUAUUUAUUUAUUUAUUCAUGAUUGUUUGGUUUUAUCUCACCUGUUUUUUUGAUCAUGUUAGUAUGUCUUCCUAGUUUUUUUUUCAUUUUGGGUUAACUCAAUACUAUCGUAAUGAAUUGUUUGAGCUAACCUUUCAAUCAGUCUGAGUUUAGCCUUCAUUUUUUUCACCAAUCAGAUUCUCAAUUUUUCCUGGUGUGACUGUGUAACUUAUUACUUCGCCUUUGUCUUUCGGUACCUCUGUACCUAUUUGCCUUUUCUGUGUAUUUGUCCAUUGCACUACCUUCUUUUGGUCUUCCGCGUUACUAUUGAUUUUGAAUUUCCGAACUUUUGUGGCAUGUCUGUGAUCUUUAAAUAGUAUUGUUUGGUUCCACUCUACUUCUCAUUUUAGUCGUUUUACUUAGCCUUUGUUAUACUGAGUUCAUCUGUUUUUGGCUUCUACCUUGUCUUUCUUAUCUUCCGUCUCUAAGAUUUUUGUGUUUAACAAAAUACCUUUCUUGGUUUUUACUGCUGCCUGUCUGUAUAUAUCUUCUAUUUUGUCCCCAAGCAUUGUCCUUUUCAAACUUUCCAUUCCUAUUUUGUCUUUUCGGGCGGUUGUGUAUCUAUUUUUGCCAUUUCUAAUUUUGCUUCACUCAUAUUUCCUGAACUUUUUUCUUCGAAACUACCAAAAUGCUAAACACAGUUUGUUUACCUGUCAUUAAAUGCGCAGGACUAUGUCGGGAGUUGUACGCAAAACGUUUGUAAUCGAUUUCACUGAACUGUUAAUUGUUAAAUACAUGUGUUAUUGUGAGUAAUCCUUAAGCUUGUGGUUUUAUUACAUUAAGUGGUUAACGUUAUGGUUCACUUCUCAGUCAUGAAAACCUUUUUGAACUCCCAUUUUAUCUUUAAUACUCAACUCCACUUGAUGAGCGAAUUUUAAUCAUGUGUUCGCUAGUAACUAACCUCUAGUUCAUUUGCUGAAGUUCCUGUGGAAAGUUGUCGGUGGAGUUCAUCCGAAUCACCAAUGACUCGGGGUUGUAGUUACGUCAUGUCGCGUAUUGGUGGUUGGUUAAAGGUAAACCAAUUGAUAUCAACUUAGUAGUCUCAAGAUAAUAUUUUCCACAAGAUACAUCCGACGAAUCUCAAACCAGAAUGAUACGGAUGUUCAAUUCUCCCUGGAUCUCAAUUGAUGCCAAUACAUGACGAAAAACCCAUAAAUGUUGUGAAAUUAGGAAUACUCUCUAGAAGUUAUGUCGUAAAGAAUUUCUUAACGAAAUGUGAUGAAGUUAUCUUAGUGGUUUUUAUUUGGUAAUAACGAGUUCAACCAACUAUAUGUAUACGAAGGGUAUGUGAGUGGUGAUUGAUCAAGAGUGCUUAAUUAUUGAGUCAAGCUCCUUAAAAUGAAUGAAUAACAGGUGACAACAACUGAUCAGUAAAAUGACAUUAAUAUUUUAUAAGAUACGAAAAAAGCACUUCUAAGUAAUUUAAAGUGUCUAUAGGCUACAUAUUUUUAAAGGUCACACAUCCCCAACGGUUCAUCGAAAAAUGAAGUUCUUCAUUCACGAUACUGAUGGCAAACCGAGUAUGGAUUUUAGUGUGUAUUAAAUACUGGUCAGGUCAAAAGGUGUUGAUAAAGUGAUUCUAGCGUUCAUUGAUUUAUGAUACGGAAAUUUCUUGUACGACAGCGAGUAGCUAUCUAAUAACCCAUCUGUGAAAAGGAAUUGUUUUAUUAGGUUGAUACGCUGCGCCGAAUAAUGAGUCCACACUACUGACCAAAAUUUGGCUUUAUUGCGUCGUUGACGGGACAUUAUCACAGAAAAAUAAAACCUUCAAUGUAAAUAUCGAAGUAGUAGAGAUAGUACAAAAAUUAGGCAUAAAGGAUAUCGUUCGAGAAGGAGUGAAUUUGAGUAAUGAAAGUUAUGAACUUAUUUAAAAAUCCAGUAUUUGAGGGAAAACAGUGAAUGUGCCUUCAUCAUUGUAACUGAACCUAAGUCAUGUCACUCAGCGUCUUCAACUAAUGUUUACAAUAAUGAUACGAACCCUAGCGGAGUAGUCUGCACCACCCAGUAUAGUUCAAUCCAACAGUUAGUGGCUUUACUCACUAAUCAUACAUCUUCGUUCGGUUACCCCUAGUCUUCCAACCCUCUUCUACGCUAGCCAACAUUGUAUUUGGG